CUCUGUCCGUCCCGGUCCCGCCCGGGCGCUCGUGCGUCCCCACCCCGCUGCCAUGGCUUCUCCGGACGACCCUCUGCGCGCAGAUCACAUGGCAAAGGAGCCUGUGGAAGACACAGACCCUAGCACUUUAUCCUUUAACACGUCAGACAAAUACCCCAUUCAAGACACCGAACUCCCUAAAGCUGAGUGUGAGACAGUUACCAUGAACUGCCCACCAAAUUCUCAUAUGCAACAUCAGGGAGAAGAAAAUGACUUUGCAGACAGUACUGGAGAUCCCCUUCCAGAGAUCAGCAAGGACAAGUCCUGUUCCUCCUGCUCUCUCCGGGCCCCCACCAUAAGUGACUUGCUCAACGAUCAGGACUUAUUAGACGUGAUCAGGAUAAAGCUGGAUCCAUGUCACCCCACGGUAAAAAACUGGAGGAAUUUUGCAAGCAAAUGGGGCAUGUCCUAUGAUGAAUUGUGCUUCCUGGAACAGAGGCCACAGAGUCCUACCUUGGAGUUCCUGCUCCGGAACAGUCAGAGGACAGUGGUCCAGCUGAUGGAGCUCUGCCGGCUCUACCACAGGGUCGACGUGGAGAAGGUUCUGCGCAGGUGGGUGGAUGAGGAGUGGCCCACGAGGGGGCACGGAGACCACCCCAGGCACUUCUAGGCCACUUCUCUUUCCUUCACUGGCCUCUCCGGACAUUGGAACAGCUAUAGGUCAGGGAAGAAGGUGAAUCUGUUCUUUUAUUUUAAGAGUUUAGGAAAAUGACAUGGGAUGGUGGACAUUGCUUUUUCCCAAAGCUGGUGGUUUCGUGGAGGGGUAGGUUUUGUUUUGGUGGCGGAUCCUUUGUUUGUUUCUCUUUUUUGCACAUUUGUUUUAAUUUAAUAUUUGAAUCUGCAAUUGGGGGAAAUCUUUUGUAGGCUCGUGUAGGGGCCAAAGCCUACAAUCAGAAUGGAUUCAUGCCAUGACAAAAAUAAAAUUAUCCUCUCGCUUAAA